UGCCCCGCCUGGCGGCCUGGGACCCUCCUCCCGGGCGCCCUGCACCAUGGACCCCCCGGGGUACAACUGCUUUGUGGACAGAGACAAGAUGGACGCGGCCGUGCAGGACCUGGGCCCCAAGGAGCUGAGCUGCACGGAGCCGCAGGAGCUGAAGCCGCUGGCCCGCCAGGGCUACUGGGCCCGCAGCUACGCCCUGCGCGGCAAGGUGUACCAGCGGCUGAUCCGGGACAUCCCCUGCCGCACCGUCACGCCAGACGCCAGCGUGUACAGCGACAUCGUGGGCAAGAUCGUGGGCAAGCACAGCGGCAGCAGCCUGCCCUUGCCCGAGUUCGUGGACAACACGCAGGUGCCCAGCUACUGCCUGAACCCGCGCGGCGAAGGCGCCGUGCGCAAGAUCCUGCUGUGCAUCGCCAACCAGUUCCCGGACGUGUCCUUCUGCCCUGCGCUGCCCGCUGUCGUGGCCCUGCUGCUGCACUACAGCGCGGACGAGGCCCAGUGCUUCGAGAACGCCUGCCGCAUCCUGGCCUGCAACGACCCCAGCAGGAAGCUGGUGGACCAGAGCUUCCUGGCCUUUGAGUCCUCCUGCAUGACCUUUGGGGACCUGGUGAACAAGUACUGCCAGGCGGCCCACAAGCUGAUGGUGGCCGUGUCCGAGGACGUGCUGCAGGUCUAUGCAGACUGGCAGCGCUGGCUGUUUGGGGAGCUGCCGCUCAGCCACUUUGCCCGCGUCUUCGACGUCUUCCUGGUGGAGGGCUACAAGGUGCUGUACCGCGUGGCACUGGCCAUCCUCAAGUUCUUCCACAAGGUGAGAGCCGGGCAGCCGCCGGAGUCGGACAGCGUGAAGCAGGACAUCCGCACCUUCGUCAGGGACAUCGCCAAGACCGUGUCUCCGGAGAAGCUGCUGGAGAAGGCGUUCGCCAUCCGCCUCUUCUCCCGCAAGGAGAUCCAGCUCCUGCAGAUGGCCAACGAGAAAGCUCUGAAGCAGAAGGGCAUCACCGUCAAGCAGAAGAGUGUUUCACUCUCUAAAAGGCAGUUUGUGCACCUGGCCGUGCACGCGGAGAACUUCCACUCAGAGAUCGUCAGUGUGAAGGAGAUGAGAGACAUCUGGUCAUGGGUCCCUGAACGCUUCGCCCUGUGCCAGCCCCUCCUCCUCUUCUCGUCCCUGCAGCACGGGUACAGCCUGACCAGGUUCUAUCUCCAGUGUGAAGGACAUGAGCCCACCCUCCUGCUCAUCAAGACCACGCAGAAGGAGGUGUGUGGGGCUUACCUGUCAACAGACUGGAGUGAGAGGAACAAGUUUGGAGGCAAAGUGGGCUUCUUUGGGACUGGAGAGUGCUUCGUGUUUCGGCUGCAGCCCGAGGUCCAGCGCUACGAGUGGGUGGUCAUCAAACACCCAGAGCUGACCAAGCCUGUGUCCUCGGAGGCCCCCGGCGCCCUGUCGCCGCCGUGCCGCCCCGUGUCCUCCGACCCUGCUGACCGCCUCUCACCCUUCCUGGCUGCCCGUCACUUCAACCUGCCCUCCAAGACGGAGUCCAUGUUCAUGGCUGGGGGCAAUGACUGCCUCAUCGUAGGUGGAGGGGGCGGCCAGGCGCUCUACAUCGAUGGGGACCUAAACCGGGGCCGCACUGGCCACUGUGACACUUUCAACAACCAGCCCCUGUGCUCUGAGAACUUCCUCAUCGCGGCUGUGGAGGCCUGGGGUUUCCAAGACCCUGACACCCAGUGACGGACCUGCACGGACGGUGACUGAGCCGUCACCACGGGGUGGGGUGGGGCAGAGGCCAGGCCCCCUCUUCAGGGGGAGGCAGUAAGUGAGGUCCCCUCCUCUCCCCUGUGCCGUGCCAGUGGCCAAUGUCAAGGUGCAACUGGGGCUCUGGGGCUGGGCCGGCCAGGGGAUGCCGGGACUUCAGCCGGCUGGGCCUGUCCCUGCUCAGACCUGCUGCUGUCUCGAGCGUGGGCUCAGG